CACGCCUCCGCGAGCAGUUACCGGCUCCGGCGGCGCGCGCUUCUCUCGCUCCGCUAGAGGUCCUCCUUCGGACCCCGCUCGCAGCGCCUCUGUCGCUAGCCCGCGCCAGGUGAGGGCUCGCGGCUCCCCGCUGCGGUGCCCUGCGCGUGUUGGCGGGCUUCGGCUGGCGCCGCCGAGGCGGGCUGGGCCGGCGGUCGGUUAGCGCUCCGUUCGGCGCGGGGAGGGGUGGCACGCCGGGCGCUGCCCGGGCUCGGCCGACGCGGGGGAGGGUGGCGGCGGCGGCGGCGGCGACUGCGGCCGGGCUCUCGGGUUCUCUGCCCCAGGCCGGAGCCGGUCGGUAUCCCGGCGGAGAGACGGGCAGCCGGGCUCCCCGGCCGCCUCCCGGGUGGGGCGGCUGGGAAAAAGGGACGAUGUCUGCUCGCGCGCCGGUGCCCACCGCGCACCCUCGGCAGGAGCCGCCUGUGAGGGCUGCUGAGACGGAAUCGCUGUUGGCCACUGCAAGCCGGCAGGCCGAGCAACCACCCCCGCCCGACCGGGAGGGCAAGGAGGCGGCGAGGGAGGAACGGGCCGCAGUCGCCACCAGCGCGGGGGCGCGGGGAGAGCCGUCGCCGGCUCCGGUGUUGGGACACAGCGUGCCCCAGGCGGCGGUGCCCGUGAGGCCCCUGGCACUGCACUUGGCGCACAAGGCACGCGGGCCCGGGGGCCCCUUCAGCGGGGAGCCACCGCUGCCACCGCCACCGCGGGACCCGCCGGCCCAGAACGCCCUAGAGGAGGCGGCGGCGACCCCUGAGAAGAAGUUGCAGCCCCUCCCGUCGCCGCUGCCGCCGCCGCCAAAGGAGAAUCCCUGGACCAAAAAGCCUCCCCAGCAGCACCUGUCCCCUGUGGGGAUGGGGCUGUUGCCGCCACCCCCACUGGAAACCCUGGCGGCAGAGCUUAGUUCUCCCAAGAUUAUAAAAGCAGGAAAAGUGAGGACAAAGAAAUCCAACAAGGCUAGUGAUUUCAGCGAUAUGGCAAAUUGGCCAACACCAAGUGAAUUAGCAAACACUGGAUGUCAAAGUAUGAUCAGCCAAGGAAAUAAGAAGCCACAGUGUAGAAAAGAAAAAGAAGAGAAGGUUGAAAAGAAAACCAACAACAGUGAGAGCAAAGAAAAUCGCGAAACAAAAUUAGAUGGUCCUGGUGAAAAUGUCAGUGAAGAUGAAGCUCAGUCAAGUAGUCAACGGAAGAGAGCUAAUAAGCACAAAUGGAUACCACUCCACUUAGAUGAUGUAAGACCAGAUAGCCAAGAGAGACCAGGAUCCCGGAACAGCUCAAGAUGUCAACUUGAAACAAAUAAAUUGGCACAUAACAAUAGGCGAAAUGACCCAAGAAGUUGGAGGCGAGACAGAGAAAAGAGAGAUGAUCAAGAUGAAGUUUCCAGUGUGAGAAGUGAGGGUGGUAAUAUCAGAGGUUCCUUUAGAGGCCGAGGAAGAGGCCGAGGACGGGGAAGAGGACGAGGCAGAGGAAAUCCUCGAUUGAACUUUGAUUAUUCAUAUGGUUAUCGAGAACAUGAUGAAAGGACUGACCAACCAUUUCAAGCAGAACUUAAUACCAGUAUGAUGUAUUACUAUGAUGAUGGUACAGGUGUACAGGUGUAUCCAGUGGAAGAAGCAUUGCUUAAAGAAUAUAUUAAGCGCCAAAUUGAAUAUUACUUCAGUAUAGAAAAUUUGGAACGAGACUUCUUUCUUAGGAGAAAGAUGGAUGAAGAAGGUUUCUUACCUAUUUCCCUCAUUGCUGGUUUCCACCGUGUCCAGGCUCUCACUACAAACCUUAGUCUCAUUUUAGAGGCACUGAAAGAUAGCACAGAAGUGGAAAUUGUGGGUGAGAAGAUGAGAAAAAAGAUAGAGCCAGAAAAAUGGCCAAUUCCUGGACCUCCUCCACGUAGUGUGCCUCAAACAGACUUCUCUCAACUGAUUGAUUGCCCGGAGUUCGUACCGGGCCAAGCCUUUGGCUCACAUACAGAGUCUGCCCCAAACUCUCCAAGAAUUGGAAGUCCACUUAGUCCAAAGAAAAAUGCUGUAAUGAGUAAUCUUCGAGCAAUGUCUAGAGGUUUGUCUACCAGUUUGCCUGACUUGGACUCUGAGCCUUGGAUAGAAGUUAAAAAGAGACAUCGUCCAUCUCCAACGAAAUUAAAGGAAUCAGUGCUGAUACCUGAUGAGGCAUCAAAUCGGUUACAUUCUCCAGAAGAACAGGAACAAGAAGAACUUGAUUUUUUAUUUGAUGAAGAGAUGGAACAAAUAGAAGGUCGAAAAAACACAUUUACUGAUUGGUCUGAUAAUGAUUCAGAUUAUGAAAUUGAUGAUCAGGAUUUAAACAAGAUUUUGAUUGUAACUCAGACACCACCUUACAUGAGAAAACAUCCUGGAGGAGAUCGUACAGGCAACCACAUGUCUCGAGCAAAAAUUACAUCUGAACUUGCUAAAGUUAUCAAUGAUGGCCUAUAUUAUUAUGAACAGGAUUUAUGGAUGGAAGAGGAUGAAAACACAUACACAGCCAUAAAGCAAGAAGUUGAGAACUUUAAGAAGCUAAAUCUCAUUAGUAAAGAGCAAUUUGAAAACCUAACACCUGAACUUCCUUUUGAGCCAAACCAAGAAGUUCCUGUAGCACCUUCACUGUCCCAGCAAGAAUUGACUGAUGAAGUAGCUCAGAAGCUGUUCGAUGUUUCAGAAAUAUCUUCAGCAACAAUGGCACGUUCGUUGCCCACGGCAGUUCCAGAAUCUCCUAGAAUUCAUCCUGCAAAGACACCCAAAACACCUCGAACCCCCAGGUUACGAGAUCCUAACAAAACACCAAGGUUUUAUCCUGUUGUUAAAGAACCAAAAGCCAUUGAUGUAAAGAGUCCAAGAAAGAGAAAAACUCGACAUAGUACAAAUCCCCCUCUAGAGUGUCAUGUUGGUUGGGUAAUGGAUUCCAGAGAUCACGGGCCAAGAACAUCCUCUGUCAGCAGUUCAAAUGUCUCGCCUUCAGAAGGUGCACCGCUAGUAGGAAGUUAUGGAUGUACUCCUCAUUCAUUCCCAAAGUUCCAGCAUCCUUCUCAUGAACUUUUAAAGGAAAAUGGCUUUACUCAACAAGUUUACCACAAGUAUCGUCGACGAUGCCUGAGUGAGAGAAAACGCUUGGGAAUUGGCCAGUCCCAAGAAAUGAAUACCCUCUUUCGUUUCUGGUCCUUUUUCCUCAGAGAUCACUUCAAUAAAAAAAUGUAUGAGGAAUUUAGACAACUUGCUUGGGAAGAUGCAAAAGAAAAUUACAGGUAUGGGUUAGAAUGUCUGUUCAGGUUUUAUAGUUAUGGACUGGAAAAAAAAUUCAGGCAAGAAAUUUUUAAGGAUUUCCAAGAAGAAACCAAAAAGGACUAUGAAUCUGGUCAGCUCUAUGGACUAGAAAAGUUUUGGGCUUAUCUAAAAUAUUCUCAAUCUAAGAUGCAGUCUGUUGAUCCAAAACUUCAGGAAUACCUCUGUAGUUUUAAGAGGUUAGAAGACUUCCAUGUUGAUCCCCCUAUUAGUGAAGAAUUUGGAAGAAAAAGACAUUCAUCUACUUCUGGUGAGGAGAGUAGUCAUCAUAGACUUCCAUCUAAUUCCUCUACAAAGCCACCAAAUGCUGCUAAGCCUACAUCUGCCAGUCAGCUUCAGGUCCCAAUAAACUCUCCCAGAAGGAAUACUUCACAGGAGUCCAGUGACAAUUUGCACCAGAACAGUGCUGCCUCAGUUUCAACAAAUGGUGAAUUGCCUGAGAAAUAGACUCUUAUGAAAGUUGUUUGCCCUUGAAACCAACAUUUACAUCAGUAUUUAUUUGGGAAAAAUCUGAUGCUUAAUUGUGAGAAUCAGAAAAAGAAAAAGGAAGAAAAGUGGGUAGCAUUUUUUCUAGCAAGAUAAAUCCUAAAAGCGUUUUCCCUGAUUGCGCGAACGAGGGUAGUUUGGGGGACCUUUUAUAGAUACCUUCUAGUUACGUAUUUUAGUCUCAGUAUUUCUUUUCCAAAGCCAUUGUUUACAUGAACAGCAUUCCUAAUUAUAAACAAAACAACAGCCCAGGGAAUGCCUGACAUUUCAGCUCAUACUUCUUAAAGAAGAUAUAGUAUGUUGUAUUCAUCUCUUCUAUACAGCUUUCUUAAAGAAUCCAAUUACUCCACUGUCAACUCAUAUUUGAACUUAUAAAAAACAAAGAAAGAUUACGUAUAUAUUUUUUAAAUUCAGGAAAAAUAUUAAAUGAUACGUUUACUUUUCUUAUAGAUGUAUAGUUUAAAAGGAACUUUUUUUUUUUUUUUUUACACAAAAGUAAAAAUAUAUAACAAGAUUGAAGUUACACUGAAGUAUAUGCACUUUGGAUGCUGGGUUCUGCUCCCCACCCCCGCCCAUGCCUCUUUCCCCAGACAUACCUCAUGAUUUCCAUAGUUAUUGUUGUAUUGGUGUGGAGUUUUCUGAAUCAGCAUCAGCUGGUUACAUAUUAGGAGAGAUUUACUUUUGUGAUAUUCUUUAUAAACUUGCACAAGUAAUUGAAAACUAGAUAGAGAUUGGUUGGAAUAUCGACCUAAAUUAAUUAAAUCUUGCACUGUUUUGAAUGUAUCUGCUGUUUAUACAUCUGCAGGUGGGUAUAUCAUAAGCAGUCAGAUUAUCCUCAAUUUAAAAAGAGUACUUGGUUUUCCUUUCUGUUUCUUUAAAUUUUGUUUUACACUCAUUAAGUGUUUCAAGAGUGAUAUAGCAAAUUGAUUUCUAAUUUUUAUUGCUAUUGCAACUGAUGUAAAUGAUAGUUUAAGUACUUGUGGGACUUUUAAAAAAUAAAGCACUUUUUCUGAAUAAUUUGAAUUGAUUUUUAAUUUUUUUGUUUAGAAGGUAGUUGAAAAGCUGUAAUAUCCAAAUUCUGCUAGUAAAAAGACUUGUAUUUUGUGCAUUAUUUUUCAGUUAUAAACUUAUAACCAUUUUUAUUUAGCACAUGAUUCACAAACAUUUUCUUAUAUUGGCAGAAUCAGCCAGUUUCAAUACACUAAAUUAAUUUAUUUUCUUUUUGAGUAAAGUGGAUGUCUUUUUCUUAUAAAUGAUAACAUUGAAAUACAUACAAUCUUUGGAUAAAUGGGCUAUUCAUCAGUAAAUAAAAGACUUUCAUUAGGUUGCCAUGCAUAAAUAAUCUGCAGUUUUAUAAUUUUUAAUAUUUUGGGGGAUAAUUUUAAUGCUUUAAUUGUGAAUAGUCAAAUUUAAAUAUUCAGAAAACAGGUUAUACUUAGAGAUGUUGGAAAGGGAAUGCAGAACAAGUGAAUUACAAUAAUAAAUUUUUAAAUGUUUUCAUAAGUAGGUAUGUAGUUUUGGUUUUUCAGUGAGAAAUUUCUAAACCAUGCUUAUCAAAGUUUUAAGAGGUCUUUUAAAAUUAUCUAAAAUUUUUUCUCAGUAUGCUUUUUAGUGUUGAAUGCAUACAUCUGAAAUCUGUAUUUAAUAAUCCAAGAUUAUUUCUACCCACCUAAAUAAGUGUAAAUUUGAUUGUAAAAUU